UUGAAAAGCGGGGAAAUUCAAAAUUUUGAAAUUCAAAAGGCACAGAAUUCUCCGUCAAACAUUUUCUUUUUUAGGAAGCUAAUUUACUUUCUGCCCCCACAGAAAAAAAAGUUCCCCCUAUUGUGCCUUUCUCGGUGAACUUAUCAAAUACUUUUUUUGCGUGAAAUAAUUCAAUUUCCCUAUCAUCGAAUUGGCGUCUUUUGUGACAAAUCGAGUUGCGAAGGAUAACGGAGCUAGAGAGAGAAAUGGGUCAGAUCCAGUACUCCGACAAGUACUUCGACGACACCUACGAGUACCGCCAUGUGGUGCUCCCUCCUGAAGUGGCGAAACAGCUUCCCAAGAAUCGGCUCCUCUCUGAAAACGAAUGGCGUGCGAUCGGGGUCCAGCAGAGCCGUGGGUGGGUCCACUAUGCGAUUCAUCGCCCCGAGCCACACAUCAUGCUCUUCAGGAGGCCGCUGAACUAUCAGCAGCAGCAGGAGAACCAGGCCCAGCUUGCCAAGUGAUCCAUCAUUCCAAACAAAUUUGCUCGUAAAUCUCUACAAGUACAAGUGAAUUGAAUGAUUUAGUUGAAUUUGUGUCUGUUGUAUUUGUUAAUUCUCCUGUUUGGGGAAUUUUAUACUUGUCAUCUGUGCUGCUGCAGAGAUGAUAGAUAUAUGUUAGUUUACCUCUGGUGUGCUUCUUUGA